CACACCCUCAUCCCACGGCCCGGUUGAAGCCUGGUCGACUCUCGCCUCCUACGUCGCCUUUAUGAGCAUGUCUCAUUCUUUCUGAAAGAGGCCACCUAAUCACUUACCCUCUACCGCUACAUGAACCUUUCCUUUCCUAUAUUGUCUCCAAUUCCGCCUGCAGACAACUUCUACCAUGACUACUCUGACCUGCGCUCUCCGAUCCUGACUCAGUCCGUCCUCUCGCCUGUCUACACCAUCGUCCAGAGUCCGGAGUUCCUCUCAGACUUCUCCCGUACCAUCCUCCCAUUUUUUGAUCUGAUACCUUGGAUAAUGGCCGCGAUACUUGGUGGUGGGGGUGAAGACGGCCUCGGCCAGUUGGGACAGUUUCCACUCGAACAAUGGUUCUUUGAGAUGCCGCCAUGCACCCGGUACUGGACCACCGCAACUGUAAUUACGUCUAUUCUGUUGCAAUGCAAAGUCAUCACGCCUUUUCAGUUGUUCUAUUCGUGGCGCGCAGUUUACUAUAAGUCUCAGUAUUGGCGACUAUUAACUACAUUCAUAUACUUUGGUCCUCCGUCACUGGACCUGGCCUUCCACGUCUUCUUCCUUCAGCGAUAUUCUCGACUGUUAGAACAAGGUUCUGGGCCUUCACCUGCGGUCUUCUCUUGGCUGCUAUUAUACGCAUGCACAUCACUGCUGGCCUUGAGCUCCCUCACCACCUCCAUCCCAUUUCUGGGUUCAGCGCUAUCAAGUACUCUUGUAUACAUCUGGUCACGACGUAACCCCGACACCCGACUGAGUUUCCUCGGUGUGCUCGUCUUCACCGCGCCUUAUCUCCCUUGGGUUCUGAUGGCCUUCCACAUGUUUAUGCACGGCAGCAUUCCCAAGGAUGAGAUACUUGGUGUGAUUGUUGGUCACGUCUAUUACUUCUUUGCGGAUGUUUGGCCCGGACUGCAUGAUGGCCAACGACCGAUGGAUCCUCCUGAUUUUUGGGUCCGCUUAUGGGAGGGCCGACGAGGAGAAACUGGCGUUCGAAACAUUGAUGGUGACGUGGCGGCCGCAGCUGCUCGGCCGGGCGAAGUACGAUGAUCUCAAGCGAGACCUUGGAUUUGCACAGAGUUGAAUCCCUCGUCCUGUCGCGGCCAGGAUGAUGACGCCAAUAGAACCUCCACUGCGAUCUGCACAUAGACAUCGCGAAACAGAAUAGAUCUGUCAUUACCACAAAUCUCCAGGUUUAUCUGAAUACGAAUAUCAACCUAUCAUUUUCGUCAAUUUGCCUCUGAGUAGCUCCCGGUGCAUGUCAAGACUCAGAAUCGGUUGAGCGCCAGAGGUCGUCAUUACUGGCGGUGCUCUUCUGACCCAGGAGCACACCAGUCUAUCUUUGACAUCUUGGCGACUUAACAAUACCAUAAGCCUCACCCAGGAGCACACAUUUCCAGUUCUGCAGUACAGAAAUAAAAUCACCGAGGACCAAAAAAACAAAAACUUACACACGAAGCAGCUCGACCCCGGUGGGAGCUGGUUGCGUGGUAAGAGAAGCUCACCCCUUUCGAGGUUGGUUUUUCCCGGUUCGGAUUUGUCGUUGCUUGCUUAUUUCAAUCCCGCUGGUGAUGUCCCUUCUUGUGAGAAGGGACCAACCUCAGCCGGGUUGAGAAUCAGUCAAGUGUGACUGGAUUCCCUCAGAACAGGAAAGGCGGCCACAACCCGGGAAACAGAGCCCAAUAGCUGUGCACGCAGAUGGAUAUUUCAUCCAACUGGUGUACACAAGCCAUUGGGCUUUGCACCCCGAAUUGUUGGACAGAAUUGCUGGUCAAUAAUAUAUCAAACAAUCACAAGAGCCCACUUCACUGGGGAGAGAGAAUCACAUGAUAACAUGCGGCUUGCUUUGUUUGACGAGGCUGAAACAUUUCGACCUUUGCAGAUCAACUCAAUAGCCGCAACAUCAGGCGACCGAAUCAGCCUGAGUCGACCCCUUCGACUGUUGAUCUGAUCAUGAUCAUUGCGCUCUACUACUACUAUUCUCUCCAAUUAUUACUCGGCAGGAAGUCGGAUACAACUUCACAAAUGAGUGCGCACAGUUGAUACGCCUAGCGCCAAAGUUUCCCAGACUCUGCGAUUUGUCCCCAUAUUGGAACAUCCUAAACUUCUGCACGAGCAGAGGCACAUGGACGGUUCAUUCAUCAUCAGCAAUAGCAAACGAGCAAAAUUGAGAGCUGGUUGGCCAUCCACGUCCUUCAAUCAAAUUUUCCAGAAAUACGUGGCCCACAAGUCGAGAAAUAUCCAUGGGUUCCAUCAAAACACCGCAGAACUGGAUGGAUCCGUGCUACACCAAAGUUUGAUGCUUUCCUGGUCUCUGCGACUUUCCAUCGGAUCUGCUGUGAACCACCGUUUCUCCUUUGAAUACGGUAUGGGAACGGGGUCUCUUGAUGGUGCAUGUCUUUUGUGAGGUCUCUACUGGGUUGAUCUCGAGGCUGGGCGGUUGUCUAUAAAUACAGGCUCUGCCCUCGACGAAUCCGCAAUAUUUUCUUCCCUCU